AUCGAACACAGAUCCAAAUGGUGCAUUCGCUCAAUAACUUAUCUUGUUUUGAUUUUGUGAAUAACUUGUUUUGAUACCCUAACAUAACAUGUAUUCGGUCCUCAACCGCUCGUCACGCAUAGGAAUAUCAUCUUCAUGUAAACAAUAUGUAAACUCGCCAUAAUAAAAAAUAAUAAGAUGUUAUACAUAAUAUACACAAAUUAUUAAUAUGUGUAUGUGUGAGGUACAUUAAUAAUUAAUACAAUCUGUAAUAAAAUUAUGUUCAAACCUUCAAGAUUUUACUAAAAAUACGAAGGUUGUUGAAAAUUGUGAGUGGUCCUAAUUUUUUGACCAGAGACUGUAUUGUAUAUUGGAAUUAGGUUUUUCAAACGUUUCUUUGAAGAUUCUGUUGUUCACACCUUUAAUCAAUUCGAAGGACUCACAGUAUGGGUAUAAUUGAUGAUUAUUUGUCUUAAAGCCUUGACUUGUCUGAUACUAAUAAUUAUACGAUUGUGGUAUUAAGCGAUUAUAGUUAGACCGUAGAUGUUUACGCAAAUUCAUAUUUUUGUAACCUAAAUAGGUAUUAUAUGCAUUUUAUACAUUUUUUAUCUUUAAACUUUUUAUAAAUGCAUAAAAAUCCGUAGUCGAAUUAUAAGCUUUCACAGUAAAGUUUUAUUGCGUAAUAUAAACUGAUUUCGAUAAUCCAUAGAUAUAUACAAAUAAUUUUGACUAGGCUAAAAAAGAAUAGAUUCGACAGCACCAAAAAAUACUUAGAAAUAAAUGAAUAUUUUCAAUUAAUCAGCCUAUAUCAAUAUUAAGGUAACUACAGAAUUCAAAGUUACAAUCGAUAUUUAGAAAUGUACUUGUUCUCUUAUCGAGAUUAAAAUUUAAGAUCAUUCUUUUCGCUAUUAUCUUAGACAAUCGGACAAGAGGAAAGUACUUAUUUUUAGGCCAGAAAUCACCUUCUUAUUUGUCUUGUCGAUCAACGAUCGUUUACAUAUGAAAUACCGCGACAAUUUACCUUUUGUAGCUUAUCAUGAAUUAUGUAUUUGUACAAUUCGAUCUCGUCGAUCACAUGAUUCACCGAUUUUAUCAACGCAAUAAUAGUACUACGAGAUAAAUCACCAUUUAUGUUCUUCUAUAAUGUCACCGGCGGCGAAUUCAGUAUUACGCCACGGUGACAUAAUAUUUGUUUACAGCUUGGAUUACUCAUUGUCAGAGUAGCUCAUCAGUAAAGAUGUCUCAUACAGUCCUACAGUAUUAAUAUAAUUGAACUCGAAAUAUCUUUGACGACACACCGGUAAAUCUUUCUAUUCUGUAUUUUCUGCCAAUUACCUAUUAAAAUUAAAUUGAUAACAAAAAUUAAGGAUAAUAUUGUGUUCGACAAAGUUAUGCAAUUUUCAAAGUUGGUUUGUAAUAGAUUAAAAUUUUAUUGUUUAAGAAUGAAUUGACGAAUGAAAUUGUAGUAUCGGGGGAAAACUCUGGAGAAAAACCCCAUGUACCCCAGGUAAAAAGCAAUAUAAGUGCUGACGGAUGGGCCAUAUACCCGUGGUCCUUUACGACACGGGGUAAUUGAGAAAAGUGUACUUGAUCAUGGGUCAUCCACAUCUGUGUGUAUAUUAAAACGUUAGAGACAGCCUUUAAUCAGUUGCAAGGAGAGUUGUACAGUGAGUUGUAACGAGAGUCGAAGAGAUGAAAGUUGUAAUAAGAAUCGAAGAGAACAGUGUUGACAGUGCAGAGUCGAGAAGUGUUGUAAGACGAGUUGUUAAUUGUAAAUUGUGAAUUGAAUUGUGAAUCAUCCAUUUAAGUUGUAUUAGUUAUAGCAUAUCACUGCAUUAAGUUCAUUAAUUAACCAUUGUUUCCUGUUUUAUAAUAAUAACUUAGAGAGAGGGAAAGAGAGAGAGAGAGAGAUCAAACACCAGAGAGAAAGUGUAAGAUUAUUCUACUCUCUAUAAUUGGAGGCCCGAGCAGAGAUUGAACAAAACAGAAAACGAAACAUUUAACAGAACUAUUCGUGUAAUGAUUGUGAAAACCAGAUUGAAAUCAAGUCGAAUCAUUAUUCACGAUGACUGAAGGAUCGAACGCGGAUAACACCAUCGUUGAUGUCGAAGAAAGGUGCAUUGUUAACGAUAAGCUAACGCGAAUUGAAACAAUGAAAGUUGCAGAAUAGAAAGAGAAACUCAAAAGAUGAAAAUUAAAGACAAUUGAUAAGAAGAAAGAAUUGUAAGACCGCCUAAGAGUUUUCAUCGCUUUGGAGAUUCAGCGAAGACGAAGAAGAAGAAGAUGAAGAAGAGCGCGAUCUAUUCGAAACACGCGUGAGAGUCGACAGCAGAAGCGCGUAUGUUUUAACAUUUAGGGAUGUGGAAGAGUCCAUGAACAUGUUCAGCGGUGACGACAACGUCAAUGUGCAAAGCUGGUUGUCGGAGUUUGAGAAGAUGUGCGAUCUCUACGAUUGGACUGAUGUGCAGCGCGUAAUAUAAUCGAAGAAGCUUUUACGUGAUUCGGCAAAAUUGUUCGUCGACUACGAAAGGUGUUGUAAAAGUUAGCAAACAAUGCAGAAAAUGCUGAGUACGGAAUUUGAACAAAAAGUAGACGUGUAAAAGGUGCAUAAAGAGUUGUUGCAUCGAACUAAGAAAGAAACCGGGACAUACCAGGAGUAUGUCUAUAAGAUGUUAGACAUAGCGAAGCAAGUGAGUAUGGAAAGUUCGGCCAUAAUAAGAUACAUCAUCGUCGGAAUUCGUGACGAAGAGAUCAACAAAGUGAUACUGUAUGGCGCCAAGAACAUUCGAGAGUUAAAAGAGAAGCUUACCAUGUGCGAAGCUAUGAAAGAAAGUGCGAAAACGAAAAGCAAACGAGUUGAAGAAAGAUCCAAGAGGACAAGUUGCGACGAAGCAGCGCAGGAGCGGUUGCGAGAAUGCUUUCUAUGCGGAAACAAAAAUCAGCUAAGUGCGGAAUGACUAACUAAAAGCAAGGGUGACCAGAUGCUUCAAAUACCAGGAGUACGGACACAUCGCAUCGAAGUGCAAUAACCCGAACCUAAAUAUGGAUCCUGAGGACGAAAACUUGCAAAUGCACCUUCUACAUGAUUACACUACGAAUUCUACAAAAUCUCAAACCAUAUACAAGCUACUCCUAGACUACCUACGAACCAAGAACAUCAAACACUUCAAGUAUCUUGUUGAGCAGAAUUUAAAAAAACAACCAGCUAUCAUCGACGUAAACUAUGCUUAUCCGAAUCGAUCGAACGAAACUUGCUUGGACAUUGCCUGCAAGAAUGGUCUCCCGGAGUUCGUGAAGUUUCUAUUGGAAAAAGGUGCGAAGGUAAACAGGGUAAACGAAGCCCACAACCGUGGACCGAUUCACUUCGCUACCGAAAAUGGAUAUGCGGAUGUCCUCAGUAUAUUAUUGGACGAACGUACAAUAAAUCCAAACCUGGAGGCUGGACAGCAAACGGCUCUGCAUAUGGCGGUGAAAAAAAAUGACCUGAAUUGCGCGUCGUUGCUUCUGGAAAAAGGCGCCAGUCCCAAUAUUCCCAAUAGUAAAGGUUUAACCGCUUUGCAUAUGGCAGCAAUGAAGGGUCAAAAGGGCAUGGUGAAUCUGAUUCUGGAAAAAACCACACAUGUCCUCAAUUUGGAUACUUACACGGACUAUAACAAUCAAACGGCUAGAGAAGUGUUGGAGAAGAAGCUGCCAAAUAUUCAGUUACCCUCGGUCGAAAAACAAGGCGUGAAUGUUUAUGACUUGAAGUAUUAUUUAAACGCUAAUGAUGAGAUGAAUUUUUUAAAAUGCUUGGAGAUUGUGGAAAACGAGGCGGUGAAUAACGUAGCGAAGGAUCUGAUUGAAAUGGCCGUGGAAAGGAACUUCAAGAAUGCGGUUAUUACAUUAUUGAAAAAAACAAGAGGGACUGGAUGUAGACUGGAGAAAGCUGCGAAUUUAGCGGUUGAACAUGGCUUGCCACAUAUCCUUCGUGAGAUAUUGGAGACUGAUGUUGAUGUUACGAGUGACUUACUGUUGAACGCUUGCAUAGAGCUUGGUAUGCCGAAUAAAGAAGGGUCGGGAAACAUGAAUGAUCGACUGGAAUGUUUAAAUCUGAUCCUGGAAAGAGAAGACGUGGAUGUUCGGUGCACAGAUAGCAAAGGAAAUACUCCACUUCAUUAUGCAGCCAGGGCUGACUGUCGAGAGGCAGUGACAUUGCUACUUGAAAAAGGAAGCUACAUCGGUCACAUGAACCAUUUUGGCGUUCCACCAGUUGAAGAUAUUUCCGUGUCCACUCUAUCCCAAUAUUUCGAUAACUGCAUACAAGCUAGGAAAAAACGAACAAACGAAUAUACAAUCGAAUUUGACUACAAAUGUUUAGUACCUCACGACACCCCUUACACGAUGAAUCAACAGAAAAAUAUAAUUAGUCAGGGCAGACGAGAAAUGGAUGUUUUUCAAUACAUCGCUAGCAACAGUAGUUUAAAACAUCUAUUGAAUCAUCCUCUGUUAUCUUCUUUCCUAUAUUUAAAAUGGCAUCGAAUAAGACACAUCCUGCACCUAAACUUGGCAUUUUACAUUUUGUUUUAUCUUCUGUUGAAUACAUACAUUCUGCAGGUCACUUAUAUCACAGGAGGCUCGCAAAUAUCUGCGAACUCGAGCGUACAGAUAAACGAGGAGAUAAAAGGAUCAACUCCCAUCUACAUUCUGUAUAUAUUCACUGGUAUCGUAACAGCAUUGUUUGCAUUUAGGGAGAUCCUCCAAUUGUUCUCAGCACCGUGCCAUUAUGUAUCUAGUUUGGAAAAUUGGAUCGAAAUAGCGUUGAUAAUAUUAGGAUUCAUUAUUUUAAGCGGUGUAACUAUGCAAGUUGCAGCUAUUGUAAUAUUACUAUCUGCUUUGGAAAUGGUGAUCCUACUUGGCAAGCAUCCUCGAAUGUCCACAAGUAUCGAGAUGUUCAAAAAGGUGUCUUUCAACUUCGUACGUUUUUUGUUACUUUAUGUAUUUCUUAUCCUAGGUUUCGCGUUUGCUUUCUUUACCGUCUUUAAGGAUGAUAACAAGAACUUCUUUCCAGAUCCUGGACACUCUCUGUUCAAAACCAUCAUCAUGUUCACUGGAGAAUUCAACUCCAAUGACAUUGUCUUCGUGUCGCAUCCGAUUCUCAGCCAUUUUAUCUUCACCUUCUUCAUCUUUUUCAUCGCGAUAGUUUUGUUCAAUUUACUGAACGGUUUGGCAGUCAGCGACACAGCAGAGAUCCUCGGGAAGGCAGAAUUAGUUGGAUUAAUUUCUAGGAUACAAGUUCUUGCUUAUAUUGAAAAUCUGAUUGUUCGAGCACCUUUUGCACGCAAGACACAAUGUUCAAUUUGUUGUGGUCGCUUGCAUGGCUUUGAAUACAAUCCCUUAGCGUUCCUCGUUCGGAAAGUUCUUCUCUUUCCAACUUACUUGAGUACUGGUAAAUUGAGCGUGGAACCGUACAAUAUUUUAUUUUAUCACAAUGUAGAAUCCGAUAAAGACCCCAGCGAGGUGUUCCCUGCCUUCAAAAUGGAUCCGUAUAUCAUGAAACAGGUUAAAGAUGUUCUAUUGAGGAAAGGUCAGGAAUCAAAUAAUGAAAAAAUGUUCAAUAAAUUGGAGAAAUUGGAAAGAAGAUUCGCGACGAUGGAAAUUAUAUUGAGUUCCAUUAAACAAAAGAUUGAGAAUAAUAAUUUUAAUGUUGAAGAUGCUGAAAAUUAAAAUAUUGUUCUAUUUAUUCCUCUUUCGGCUUUUUUAAAUAUAACAACGAUUGUUGUUGAUUUCUACUUAUGACUAUAUUAAAGGCACUGUAUUUAUUUCAUGUUAUAUUGUAAUAUUUUUAUUACAUUUAAUAAAUUAUCUAAAUGAAAUCAUUCAA